CGGGCGGCCGCGGCCCUAUAUAAGGCCGGGUCCACCAUGGCGCACAGCAUUCGAGAGCAACAGGUGAUAUAACACGCCGCCAUGCAUUCAGCCACGAGGAUCGCAGUGUCGGCCUUCCUCAUCACGUCAGCGCUGGCGACCACCUACCAGUCCUCAGCCAAGCUCCGUCGCGACGGGGUGCUGAGCCUGUACCCGUUCCCGCGCGUGGGCCGCGGCGGCCGCGCCGCCUGGCAGCUGCCGGACCAGUACUACUUGGACACAUACAAACCUGAACAGAAACGUCAACUGUACGCAUUCCCGCGCGUCGGCCGUAGUGAUGUCCCCUUCACGAUCCCGCAACUGCAAUCCCGGGAUCCCGAGCCGUAUCCCGACGCGCCGCUAUCCCGCGAGACGAUACGCAACAUCGUCGCGCUGAUGGUGGGAAGAGGACGGGGACAGUACGGAGUUAGCAAGAGAGGGAGCGAGAGCACAGAUAGCACUAGCAUGUGGUUCGGGCCAAGACUCGGCAGGGCUAUGAAGAGUGAAGAUGACGAAAUCACCGUGGAAUCACAGAAUAAAGAACAGACUGAACCGGAACUGGCUGACAUGGAAAUGAUGGAAGAAAGAAAGAAGCGUCAAGCAAAAUAAAACGUCUUUUCCCAACACUACGGCUGCAAUACUGAUACUCUACAAUAAUCGUUACAAGCACAUUGAGUCUGUGUUAAGUUAUUAUACUCGUAUUGUUUUCUUAAAUAAUUUAUUAAGGUACAUUCUGCCAAGUAUUGUUAAUCGACAGGUUAGAACUUAUAAGAUUAUGAAUCUAAUAAGUUCUAAUCUAGGUAAACUGGUAAGCUACAAACUUACUUUUUCUCAGCAAAUUUUUUAUAGUAUUCGUAUGGUUGGUACAAAGUAUGAAUAUUUUACUGUAAACAAGCGAGCUUAGAAUGUAUUUUUUGUUGUUAAGUAUUAUUAUAGAAUUUUAUAAGUCAAUUCUCUGUAGAUUCUGUAAGAAAAUUGCCAAACGUUAGAUAUAAUAGGCUUCUUAUUAUAAACCUUGUAAACCUCCAAUGUUACAGGAUUGUAAUUGUUGAAAAAUAUGCCAAAAUUAUUUCCGAGGCUGGAUGGAGUAUAAUUUAUGGAAAUAUUUAGGUACAUUCAAUAUACGUCCAUGAAAUAAUUUUGGUAAGAUAAUGAUUUUAUGUAUAAAUGUAAGAAAACUAUUAAAUAACUAUACAUAUAAUACAUUUAUUAUAAGCUCUUCAGGUCAUAGGUAAAAAUAUACUGAAAGUGAUAAAGUU